AUGGUGGCUGUUACUAUUUAUCUGAUGGUCAUCUUGGCUCAAGCUUUUGCGGGGCCCUGCACUCCAAACAAAGCAGGCACUCCCGAAUGUCACUCUAGGCAUACUGUUUUCCUUUCAGAUGUAAUUCUGGUAUACUGCUAUCCUAGAACCAUCAUUACAAAAAUUCCAGAGUGUCCUUAUGGAUGGGAGGUCAAUCAGCUGGCACUUGGAGGCAUUUGUUACAAUGGGGUCCAUGAUUCAGGAUAUUACCAGUUCACAAUUCCAGACCUGUCACCUAAAAAUAAAUCAUACUGUGGGACGCAGUCAGAGUUUAAGAACCCUGUUUAUCACUUCUACAACUCCAUCGUUUCCAAUGACUCCACAGUGAUCGUGAAGAGCCAGCCUGUGAAUUACUCAUUCACCUGCACAUACAAUGCCAACUACUUGGUGAACCAGGCUGCCUUUGACCAAAGGGUGGCCACCGUCCAUGUGAAGAAUGGGAGCUCUGGCUCAUUUGAAAGUCAGUUAUCCCUCAACUUCUACUCCAAUGCCAAGUUUUCAAGUAUAAAAGAAGCCCCUUUUGUCGUUGAAACAUCAGAAAUUGGUUCUGACAUAUUUGCUGGAGUGGAAGCUAAGGGCUUAAGUGACAGGUUCAAAGUUGUUCUCAACAACUGCUGGGCAACACCCUCCUCAGAGUACUUCUACCAGGUGCACUGGCCUCUGAUCACCAAGGGGUGUGCCUCGGACUUCUCCAUUAUCGUCCACGAGAAUGGGAAAACAAACCGUGCGACGUUUCAGUUUAAUGCUUUCCGCUUCCAAAACAUCCCCAAGCUGUCCAAGGUCUGGCUGCACUGCGAGACGCACGUGUGCGACAGCGAGAAGUUCUCCUGCCCAGUGACAUGCGACAAACGAAAGCAGCGCAUGGAACAAACCGGAGGUGUUUUAGUGGCGGAGAUCUCUGUGCGCAACAAAGGUUUAUCCAGAUUUUACGUGCUCUCAGUCUUUUUUUUUUCUUUUGCAGAUGUUAUCUUCCACCUGUUCUUCGCGAUUGGCUUUUGUGCCAUUUUAUUAUAAAACUCAGCUUAGCUGCGUUUCUUAACAGUUCCCAAUCCUGGACCGGGACUUCUUUACUAAAGAUGUUUAUUUUACAGGAGAAAAAUUAAAGUCACCAACAAUCCUUGUGCACUGUUUCACCAGAUCAAUAAACCAUUCCACGAGCCUUGUGUCUCUAGUA